UCUAUUAUUAAUAUUCGAGAAGUGUAAGCCGACCCUAGACCUUGGCCUUUUCCCACUCAUGGCGUCCCUCGACAAAGUCUGGAUUUUUUGUCUCGCUUUCUUCCUUCUUGCAUCCCCUCUUGUCCAGGUUGUUAGGUGCCAGUCGGACGCAAGUGAUGCCGCCGAGACAACUGAAGAAGUGAGUGAUCUUGGCAUUGUCGGUGACGAUGUCCAAGAUUUUGGUGAUGGGAGCUUUCCCUCUGCUCCUGGAAUUGAUACAAUUUGUCUGUUCCCAAAAAAUAGCGCAAAAUUGGCAACAGCUGGAGAAGAGACUGAACUACUUGUUGGUGUUAAAAAUGAUGGUGAGUCAAGCUUAAACGUGAUUGCAAUUAAGGCCAGUGUUCACAUUCCAUAUAACCAUCGUCUUCUUGUCCAAAACCUUACUGCUCAGGUUUUUAACAAUGGUUCGGUGCCAGCCUCAUCACAGGCUACUUUCCCUUACAUAUUUACUCUCAGCAAAUUAUUCCAACCUGGAAACUUUGAUCUCGUGGGUACCAUUAUAUAUGAGAUUGACACACAUCCAUACCAGAGCACUUUCUAUAAUGGAACUAUAGAAGUUGUUGAACCUAGUGGCUUUCUUAGUAUGGAAUCUGUUUUCCUUGUUACCCUUGGAGCUGCGCUUCUUGUCCUCUUUGGGCUAUGGGUUCAUGGUCGUAUACAGAGCCUAUCUAAGAAAAAGAGGGCUCCAACUGUUGAAGUGGGGACAAAGACUACAGAUGCUUCGAUGGAUGAAUGGCUUGAGGGAACUGCAUACGCUCAGUCACUGUCAAGCAAAUCAAAGAAGAAGAAGUAGAUAAAUAAUUCUCGUCAGAAUUCAGCCGUACAAGACUCUGCUUUGAGGUGCAGAAUCUUGUAACAGAGUAGGUUGGAGAGUUAAAUAGAGCGCGAGGAUGUAGGUCUAAAUUUUAGGCUGGAGAAAUGUGCCUUUCUGUUGUAGCCUAUGACAGAAUUUUUGCAUUUUCUUUCCACUUGGGUGAAGUGAACUAGUGGAACCUUUUUAUUUAUAAAGACAAGGAAAAAAAAAAAAAAACUAACGAGGAUGAGUUAGCACGGGAACAAACUUUUUUGGGACCAACAAGAUUUCAGUUAUAUAUGCUUAUUCCAUCUAAA